AUGGCUGAGAAGAUAGCUGGUGAUGUAUUGAAUGGAAGUGGGAGGGAACGUGUCCAUACCACAACAUAUUCCAUUGAACAAUCUGAGCACUUUAAGCCAUGCAAGGAUAAGGAUCUUGCAUACUGUCUUCACGAAGGCGAAUGCUUUGUCAUUGAAACUCUAACAGGAUCUCACAAACACUGCAGGUGCAAAGAAGGCUACCAAGGAGUCCGCUGUGACCAAUUUUUGCCGAAAACCGACUCCAUCUUGUCAGAUCCAACUCACCAUUUAGGAAUUGAAUUCAUGGAGAGCGAAGAGGUUUACCAGCGACAGGUACUGUCCAUUUCCUGCAUCGUCUUUGGGAUCGUCAUUGUGGGCACAAUCUCUGCAGCCUUCUACUUCAGAACAAAGUAA